CUCAUAUUCUCCGUCUUCAAAACUCUGACCGAUCAGCAAGUGACAGUCGAACUAAAGAAUGAUCUCUCAAUAACUGGCGUUCUAAAAUCUGUCGACCAGUUCUUGAACAUUCGUCUUGACAACAUCAAGGUGUCAGAUGAAUCUCGACAUCCGCACAUGAUGGCGGUGAAAAACUGCUUCAUUCGGGGAUCCGUCGUCCGCUAUGUCCAGCUGCCGGCAGAGCAUGUUGAUACUCAGUUGCUGGAGGAUGCAACGCGGAGAGGUAUGUCAUGUAAUUGGCAACUUCAGUCGGGAAAUCGCUGA